UGCAUUACUCCCUAACUUUUUUUGUCUCUGUGGCCCGUCUAGCGGCCUCCAAGGCGGAAGAGUUUCAUAUGCCUGUCAGAGUGGUGCAAAACAAUGGCCUGAUCUUCACCCCGCCCCUCUACUUCCGGUUCAGACGUCACGGACGCCGUCUUUCUUCGAACCUGCCUUCCCUCACGCAGACACCCGAACUCCGCGGCCCAUUUCACUCUUCCGCCCUUCCUCCUCAGCUCGGAGGCCUAUCGCGAGCGGAGGGCGGGGCGAAGUUUCAGCCAGUCAAAAGCCCAAAGCAUUGGCCAGAGGGCGGGCGAGCGAGCGCCGCGAAGGAACUUCCGCUUCUCCGUACGACGACUUCAGGAAGAAGGAGGAAGCCACCGCGGCAAGAGCUGGCGAGAUAGCGGAGCGGCCGUCGUGGUAGAUUCGAGUCCGGCCGAGCUGCGAAUCCGGGAAACGGCUCCCCCUCCCCCACCCCGCUCUCAACGGUUUUUUCCUCUCAUAAACGUCGACAUGACGUACCCAGGGUUCGGAGCGGUGAGUAGAAAGGGCGUGAUUGGAGGGAAGGCCUGUCUGUCGGUCUGUCUGUCCCUCUCUCCCCCACCCACCCGGCCGGGCCCUUUUCUCUGGCGGCGCGGCUGUCAGUCUCUUGCUCGUCCUCCCGGCUGGGGUCAGAGCCGAGGGAGCCCGGCCGGCCCUUCAGGCUCCAGGCCCUUCUUUUUAAGGCCUUGCCGAAAUUGGUCUCCUUCCGCCGAGCGCCCCCCCUCCCGAUAGUUGGCGGAGAAGCCAUUAAUGUGUGCAGUGCAAGAGGCGAGGGAGAGAGGGAGGACUCUGUUCUCUUACAGCGGGAGGAAAUGGAAGGCGUGCCUGACUCUGACACAUCAAGCGAGCUAAAGGGUUGCCAUUUUAAAAAAGAAAAGAGGAGGAGGGGGGAAAAACACACCUCUCCCUUUCUUUCUCUUCAUAACAGGCCCAGCCUCUGCCUUGUGGAUGACGUACCGUUUGCCAUCCUAUUAAAUUUGAAUACUUAAUUCAUGGUUGUGGAGCCACCGCUUAAAGGCAUAGCAAGAAGAUUUUUUGAGUGCUUAGGCCGUGCAUCUAGAAACUGGGUGAUCUGUUAGAGCAGUACUGGUGUUUUUAGGUCCCUUGGUUAAAAGCACUGAAAAUGCACUGCCGUAGGUGUAGGAAGACAGCGGGUGGUGCCUGGGGAAAUCAUUUCAGCUGUCGCAGUCUUUGCUGAUUUUAAGCUAUCUAAUGUGGGACACUGGGCCCUGGGGGGGUGGUUUGCAGGGAAGGAUAAUUUGUCUUUUGUCACUGCUCUGCAUCCCAGGUAAAUAAGGUCAUGACUACAGGCUGAAUUGAUUUUUAAAAUGUCAGGCAAGUUAAAGGUUGUAAGAAUGGAUGAAUAGCAACCCAUCCGAUCUUGCUUUAAGAGAAUUGGAAAUUUCUUUCCCUUUUGACUAAAAUCAGGUGAAAUCUCCUAUUUUAUAUAUAAAUUUAUUUGUUUUUUCAAAUUAAAGUUUUCCAAUCACAUAUCCAACAUACAUCAUAAAAACAAGAUUUCAAAAAAUCUCCUGGACUUCUCUCCUCCCCUUUGAUCUGGAGGGAAGAUCAGGUGAAAUCUCAAGCACCUCUUUGCUACCCCAUUAAUAUAUAUGUAUGUGUGGCUAGAAGUCUAGCCUUAAACUUUAACUCAAAUUGAGUCAAAGUAAUUGUUUUAUUGCAUCCAAGUGAAUUUGGUAUAUAUAAAUUUCUAAGUAGAACUGUUUUUUUCUACUCAAAAAUUAAAACUUGCAGACCAGCCUUGUGGUUGGCAGUAGUCAAAUACUUGCCAGGUCUGUUUGGGAAUGGUAUUCAAGAACUUUUUCGAUGACAUUCAGAAAAAAAGCUUACCUUUCCUCCCUAAGAGUGUUUUCCUGGCAUGUAAUGCUAAACCUCCUACUUCCCCAACCCCUAGAAUAAGAAGCUUUGAUGAUAGUAGUCUGCUUCCUGGCUUACUGCACAAAUAAAAAUAGUCAAUUUAUAGUGGUGCUGGAAUUCCUUCAGUUGCAGGAAACUAGUUGAAACAAAAUACUAAGCACUGGUGUGCUUUGGACUACUUUGUAUUUGUAAGUAGUCAUAUUUUUCCUCAUUUGGCUAGGUACAGUGUACUUAGUUGAAGUAGCUUGCAUCACCACUGCAAAAGUAGCUGAACUAGCUAACUUUUUCUUUGCUGGUGCAAUUUUGCAAACACUAUUGGGGAAACUCAGAUUCCAGCACUACUUUCUGGUAUUCCUUAUCUGGUUUGCUUCUGUUAUGAUGUUACUUUGUUGAACUGCCCUUUCUGUACUGCCAGAGUACCAUGCCUCCUGUGCCACCAUACCCUUACAGUAGUGAAUCCCAAAUUAGUGGUCAAGAAAACUAUCUGUUUCUAUAAGUGUAAACGUUACCAUAGUAAGAUGUAGUGAUAUUAGAAUUGUAGUGCACAUACACUCCUUGAGUUUGUGAGGCAUUUCAAUUCAGUGAAAAUAAUCUGUUCUAGACAAUACAGUGGUGCUUCGCAAGACGAAAUUAAUCCGUUCCGCGAGUCUCUUCAUGUUGCGGUUUUUUCGUCUUGCGAAGCACAGCUAUUAGCGGCUUAGCGGCUAUUAGCGGCUUAGCGGCUAUUAACGGCUUAGCGGCUAUUAACGGCUUAGUGGCUUAGCAGCGUUAAGAAAAAGGAAGGAAACUCGCAAGACGUUUCGUCUUGCGAAGCAAGCCCAUAGGGAAAUUCGUCUUGCGGAACGACUCAAAAAACUGAAAACUUUCGUCUAGCGAGUUUUUCGUCUUGCGAGGCAUUCAUCUUGCGGGGCACCACUGUAGAUGUUUGUGAUGAGCUGGUAAAUAUAGUGAAAUAUGUAUGUUCUUCUUUUCCUCUUCCUCAAAAGUAUGGAGCUUACCGUGGGCAGGUGCCAAUGCAAAUGGCAAUGGGUCAGCCAGUUCCUGGAGGAGUGCAAAGUGUGGCCCAUGGUGGAUCUCCUGGCUAUUCUGUUUAUUCUGGUGCCUAUGCUGCAGCUGCUGCUGCUGAUCCCUUGUGGACAUUUUUCAGUGCUAUUGCUGGACAGGUACGUUAGUUCAAGUUACUAUCUUAAAGUUUUGAAAGAGGGCUCUUAUGUUUUGAUUGUAGUGUAAGGCAUAGACUAGUCCUCAGGAGUUUGUUUGCUAACAUGUUAACAGUAACAUCUGUAUAGAUCUGUCAGUGAUUUGCAGCUUGAAAACAUUGUAAAUUGAAGAUGGGCAUUAGAUAGUUUUAUUUCUUUUUUAGGGGAUUGUGAUAUUGUUGAAAACUGGCCAAGCUCCUUAGUCACAUUCUUUUUCCACCUGGUCAGUCAACUACAUGUGUACAUUUGGCUCUUACUUAUAGAUUUAGAUAUUAAGUUUUCUUUUAUCAUCUCAAAAACAUUGUAUCAUCUCAAAAACUGUCUUGUCUGCAACUUUAAUACAUACUGCCUAGCCUUUGAAACAAAAGGUUCUCUUUCUAAGAAUGUGGGGACUCUUAAAUAUGAUACUUUAGCUCCUUGGCUGCAAAUCACUGAGCAGAUAAUUUUAUUUCCAGGAUUAUAUGUCAUAAGGAUGGGGAGGCUGUUUGUAACUGCCUUGGUGCUCCCUUUUCAAUGCUGAGAGGAUUAUAUAGAGUUUUGUAUAGCUAUUAAUGAAGUAAUAAUUAAGUGAGCACUUUUAAAUUUUGAGUCUGAAGCAGUCUUCUGGGUUGGAAGAGUCAUAUACAUUGUAUGUGGCUAGGUAUUUUAUAGAGUAGCACCAGUGUAAUCUGGGCAAAAGGACUGGUUAAAAAAAAAGGUUAUAGUAAAGAUUCACGAAAGGGCGUAUGCAUGGCCCCACAGGUCAUUGGUCUCUAGAGCGUUUUGGGACUUGUGAUGCCAAUAUGCAUUCUCUCAAGAGUGUGGAUCUGCAAAGGCAAUAUUCAUGAAGAACUCCAGUUCCAGGUGAGUAACUCCUUUAGAUUUUUCUCCCCUUGGCAUUUUAAUUUCUACAGUCUUUACCAAGCAAGGUUUCAAGUUGUUACAUGUUACAUCCUACAUGUUAGCAUUUCAGUAAGACAUUUUAGGGAAGGCACAACUUUCAUUUGUGAUUGUCGUCUUCAUACCAGGGGAACCAUUUCAGAUUUUGGUGCUGGUGUGGUUAAGCCAGGUCCAAUGGCCCACUCUUCACAUUGUAAGUGAUGGCUGCAAAGAGCCAGCAUAUUAAAACAACUGUAUUUUAAUGAUCAACAAGGACCUUGGAUGGAAUAAUAAUAAUAAUAAUAAGCAGGCAACAUUGCACAAGCUCUCCUUUCUUUCCCCACCCUUCCAUCCCCACAAAUCUGGUCCAGAAAGUCCUCUGACCCUAUGGAUAAGAUUUUGGGGACAACAUGAGAGGCUGAGGGAGAUAGGAAAGAAGGUAAACUCCUGUUGUAUGACUUCAGGCCUUUCUCAUUCAUGCAUGGACACCACUGGAGAUAACCUAGUGUUAUUCACACCACACAUGACUUUAAAGUAAGGCAUUGAUGGCUUUGGUGUACAUAGAUCCAUUUGAUUAUAUAUAGUGCUCCUUUUGUAGAACUAAUGAGCUAACAGAGAAAUGCUGAGAAUAAUCACAUGCCAUCUGAUGUAGCAAUUGCCUUCUCUAGAUGGCACUCCUAAUCCACAAAAGUGGUCUUGGGUGGGAGUAACUGAUCACUGCAUGUAAUGAAUGAGUAAUGAAUAUUUUGGUACUAUUUUAGUAUCAUUUAAUCUCAGUCUAAAACAACCCAGUAGUUCUUUAACUAAAAAAAGGCUCAACUGCAUAGUAUGAAAGGGAAGCACUUUUGAAUGGAGAUAUUGGGAGACCACACUUAGGCAUGGUUUCACACCACGUUAAAUUAUAGUUAAGGUAUUAUGCACACUGUUGAAAUUGCAGACACUGCUCCUCACUGACUUCUACUGGGUGCUGUCUAGAAAACAAGGCAUGGUCUGAUUUGUCAUGUUAGCCAAACGUAGGCUCAUGGUUUGGAAACAAGCAGUAGCCUGAGUUUGGACAACAUGGCAAACCAUUCCAUGGUUUGCUUGUUGGCAGAAGAAGGGAAGGAGUGAAACACUUGUGAUUCCAGCAGGGUGCAGCAGCAUGCUUCUCAUUCACAGCAGAUUAUAUUUUAUUUUAAUAAUUACUUAAUGCUAGAUGUGAACUAGGUCAGAAGGUAGAACCUUAUUUGUUAUGUUUUGUUUGCAUAGUUGCUGGGAAAACAAAUGCUUCUGGCCAAAUUCAUGCUCUUUUACCUCUGGUCAUUGGGACAAGCUGAUAGAUGAGGGGAUUUUAAGCUAGUUGUUAGAACUCUGAUACUUAUUUAAAUGAGCAUGUGUGAAUUUUGAGUAUGCUUUUCUGAAGCUAGUCUAAGCAGUGGAAAGUUGAUAGAGGAUUGUACCUGAAGUGGACUGUAGGAGGAGAGAGAGUAGGAUGAGCAGGAUGGAAACUUAGGGCUUUCUUUUCGUCUAGCAGAGAAAGAGAAACUUUCCAGAGUACCCUAGUUCCUAGAUUGGGGAAUGCAGCAGUGUGUUCUGGGGUAGCACUAGUAAGUGAUGGUGAGAUAGGUGGUCUUCCUUUGUGCACAGGGACAGUGGCUCCUUGCCACCUCAGGUUGUAAGGCAGACGUUACUGAAACCAGAAAAGGAGAAAGGAAGGUAAUUAACAAACUCUGGUAUUUGCCUCCUAUUUUUAUUCUUCUGGAGAACCAGAAACACUGUUAAGUUCAAGGCAGAACUAGUGUGCUUCACUCUGGCAGCUACUGCUUUGAAACACUAGGCCUGGGAUCCCUAGCUAGACGCCUUGAGCCUAGGAACACAUUUGGAAGUCUAAAGCUUGUGACACUCUGAACUCCCCAAAAUGAGCUUAGUAAGCACCAUGAGGACACCAUGGUGGUCAUGGGUGUCACAUUGAGGACCUAGCACUAGACACUGUGUGGGUGAGUUGUUGAAUGACUUCACCAGAAAUACUGUAUGAGGGAAUGGCUUAAGGUAAGCCAUGACUAUGAAGUCUAGAAAAGUGGCCAAUAUAUAAAGUAGCUUUCAAUUUUUUAAUUAAGUAGAAUAAUUUUAAUGUAACAAUUUCCAGCCCUUCUAUAAAGUUUUCUAAACAAUACUGAAGUCUUGUGGGUGCAUCACUGGAUUCAGGCCCCCGUUUACAUUUGAAGUAGUUAAGGCAGCAAGGUCUUGAUUAAUGGCAGGCAGGAUGGGGGUUCAUUGUACUGAGAGUUGGUGAGUCCAUAGAAAUCCAGGAAAGUCUUUGAAGAAAUGAGUUGUUGUUUUUUUAAAAAAAUGGCUUGCCCAAUAGUACAACUGUGUUCUAGUCAUAAGGAACGGCCUAUAAAUAUGAAAAAGAAUACUGAAGAUAAUGGGAAACUCUUGUAACUGUAGGAACUCCACGUAUAUAUUAGAGCAGCUGUGGGGAACCUUUGGCCUUCCAGAUGUUGCUGAACUACAACUCCCAUCAUCCCUGGGCAUUGGCCAUGCUUGCUGAGGCUGGUGAGAGUUGUAGUUCAGCAGCACACCUGUAUUAGACUAGCACAUAAUUAAAUGUAGAUUCCAGGUAAAAAUACAUUUUGGUUUCAAGUGUAGUUCCUCUUUUGGAAAUAAGAACAUUAUGAAGCACUGCCACCUUUUCAUUGCUGAAAGCUUUACAGAAGUGUUUUUCAAACCUUGUAUCUUCAGGGAACCCUUUCCACGUUGACUUACCUGGUGAAGCACACCGUAGGUACCUACUGUGGAGCAAAGGAAUUCUGUAAUACACAUUUCAGAAUUUAUCUUAAGUAGGAUCCAGGCUUUUUGGCUCCACAGAAACUGACCUUGCAUCCUGAACACCCUUACAGAGGAGUAAGGUCCAUUGAAUGCAGUGGAAAUUGCUUUGGAGUAAAAUGCUUAAGAUUGCUCUGUGAGUGCUCCAGAAUGUACUGAACACAGCCCUGUAGCUGUGAGAGAUCAGGAAAGGUAUUGACAAGCCAUCUUUCUGGGAAGUUUUUCACCAUAACUGUUUUUGUUGAAGAACCCUUGAUAAGCUUCUGAGGAACUCAAGGGUUCCCCAAUACAUAGUUUGAAAACCACUACUUUAGAUUAAUUGUAUGUAAAUGGGGUAACAUAUAUGAAAAAAGGGGGGAAAUUACGUGCUUUGAUUUUCUCCAAGUAGGACCUUAAUUGAUGACUUCCAUAUUUUUUUUCUUAAUUCUCAAGUGUAAUAUUUUAGUAAAUUUAGUUUUUUAUAGGAGGAAUAAACAUUCACUCCUGAAGUACCAGUCAAAUAAGCACAGUCUGUCAUCUGCCAUGUAGCAGGACCAGUGGGGUGAUGGAAGCGUGGGCCUUGACACUCAAAAGAACUGAUCAGGUAGAAACUUGCAGUAACAUGGGUAUUACUUUUGGAGGGGUGGGUAAAAGCAGGCCAGUGAAGUCAUUUCUGAGUGUUGUUGCAUUGUGGUCAGUCAGUGAGACUCAGAAAUGUAUUUACCAUCAAAUUCCAACAAUCCUUUCCUGUGAGCUUACCCAAUGAAAAUUAUUUUGUAUUUGUGGGUAAAUGGUAUAAGUACCUUCACACUAUUGCAUAGUCAUGUUGGACAGUUAUCUCUAGGAUGUGACUACAUAGAUCCACAGUUGACUAGAGAUGUUUGACCUUUUUAGUGUUUAAAUGUGGCUAAAUAACACAAGUUCAUAUUCUUUCUCCUGAAACCCAUGAUCAGCGUAUAGUAGUUUCUUAGACUAGCCAGGAGGAAGAUCAUCCCUUUCAGGUUAGAACAAGAGAUACAUUUACACGUGCUUCUGGGAAACUUCUUGUAAGAAGCCCAGUCACUUUAGGAUAAUAGGGUUUGCAUUGGGUGAAAAUGAAGUGGGUUUUGAAUUUACUUCCCCCUUUACAUUUUCAUUGGAGAAGCUCACACACUAAGCUUUUCAUUUUUAUUUAUUGCUAUAAAAAUCAUCCCAAGGGAGGGGAUGAUUUUACAGUAAUAUUUACAUUAAGUGCAUGUUAGGAGACAAGAUUCUUUGUGCCGUGUUAGGUGUGACAUCUUAGUAGGAUAAUGUAUUGAUGUACCAUGGUAGUUGAAAUGCUUCAUGUCAUUGUAAGCAAAUCUUCUGUGUGAUAAGCUUUAGUUGAUCAAACAAGUAGCUCACUGGCAUUAGUGCAGAGCUUCAGAACUGUUCAAAGAGCUACUUUAUAGUCUUUCAUUUCAUUUUCUGGGUUUUUUAUGUAUACUAUUCUCGCAUGUAGAUAUCUUCUAAACUUAAGGUAACUUUUUGAUCCUUUUUUGUACGCAGCUGGAUUUGAGCUGACCUGUUAAAUAACAAUGAACAUAUAGGUAUAGGGUAUUCCUGCAGGGAAGUAGAUAAUGGUGGGGGAAAGCCAUCUUGUGUUGGUUUUAAAAUAAUCCGCCUUGUGAUUUACAAAGCUGCGCAUGAAACUUUUAAAAUAGAUUCAACACUUGUGGAAUAAAAUUCAAGCAAAAAAACUUCAUAUGAAAAAGCUGUGCUAUUGCAAUAAAUCACUGCAGGACAUGAGGAAGUUCUGCUUCAUUUUUUAAAAAAAUUAGGAAAUGUUAGUUACUGCUUAGUUAUUUAAUUUAAUUAGUUUGGCAAAUUUCUAGAUGAGUAAUUUUCAUGAAGUAUUCUAAUUCUCUUAAUUGAGGCAGAACAGUUGGCUAACAAAUAAAAUUCACACAUGCUUGAUUUUGUAUUACUAGAUAGGUUGGUAUAUUUGAACCACAAAUUUGUUAUGCAUUAAUUUUACAGGAUGGUGAAGUGGAUGCUGAGGAGCUACAGAGAUGUCUAACCCAGUCUGGAAUCAGUGGAACUUACUCUCGUAAGACUUUGUUGCUUCUGAACACCUUAAAUUCAAUCUCCAAGAAGUUACUGCAUUCUUCUAUCUGUCUUGGCCAGUGCUGCACUGGCUGGGGCUGAUGGGAGAUGUAGUGCAAAACAUUAAGUUUGUUAUUAGAUGUAUAUUCCACCUUUCUCCGAGGUGCUCAAGGUGGUGCAAGGUAGGUUAGGCUGAGAGACUGUGAGCAGUCCAAGGUCUCCCAGGAAGAUUCGCAGCUGAGUGGAGAUUUUAAUUCUGGCCUGCCAGGUUCAAGUCAGGGAAGAUUGUUCUUCAUUUCCCUCUUGACUUGCUUAAGUCCUGUUUGCCUCUCUGUAUCUGUAGCCACAUGACUUGUUUGGGCAGUUAUGCCUUGAGUGAUAAAUAUUGCAUUUAAUGUCCCUGCAACAUGUGUAAUGCAGCAAACAAUGAGUGUGGCAGAUGGCUUAAUAAAAUGUAAGGAAUGAUUUUUAUCCAAACUAUAGCAUGUGAUGAUUGGCAUUUCCAUAGUACAUAGUGGACCUGGAUAUACAUGAAGGUGUGACUGUGUAUCCGAAGAGCUCAGAAGGCAGAUGUUCCUCUUGCUCUGCCUCCUGCCGUUGAGGUUUUCAACUAUUGUCAUAGCUUAUUUGAUCGUUCAGACGACUUGGAAUACUUAUUCCUGCUUGUGGAUACUUCUGCUCACUUUCUGCCUAUCAAGGAAGCAUAUUCAUUUUUGAAUUCUUUCAGUUGCUAAUUUGAACUCAAUUCAUAGCAUGCUUUGCAUGCUACUUGAAUUGUUUUUAUCAAGGAAUAGUUUUUUUCUUUCACUUUUCUGAUGUAAAUUUUAUAGUAUCCUCCAUUCUCAUGCUAAUUCACACAGGUUGUAUAAAACCUUUAAAACAGGAAAAGUAUUCUGAAUACAUUUUCAUUAGGUCUGUCUCUUUUUUAUAUAUAAAUUAGCCAUUGUUUUGCUAGCCAUUACCUGUACAUGAAUUGCUAGUCUUUAUAAACUUCAUUAUGUUGCUAGUCGUAAUAGUUUGAACAAUAGUUAUUAGAGCUGAAAUCAAUAUAUGCCAUCUAGAAUUAAUGCAUCUUUCACUUGUAAUUUCAGCAUUCAGCUUGGAGACGUGCAGAAUUAUGAUAUCAAUGUUGGAUGUAUCCUUGGAAAAAGUCUUUAAGUAUAACUGUAAACUUCAUUUCAUAUGAAACCAGCUGGACCCAGGUUCAAUAUACAACAGGACCAAGGUUUCGGGAUGCAGGAUUCUGAAUAUGUUUAGGAACAAUCUUGUUUUGAAAGAUGAAAAGAAACUAAAAUUGAUGAGCUUGUAGGGCCAGCUAAGCAUUCAAAAACAUGCUUUAGAACCUUCACUCCAUAUUUUGUGUUAACAGAAACUGGGUACAUCAGCAAAGCUAAUUCUGGACACUGAUUCUGGGGGUUAAGCUACAGCUGCUGGCUUUGUGCAGUGGGAACUGCAGUUUAAACUACAGGCUCAAUGUGUUAGCCAGCAUGUGCUAGUUACUGGGCUAUCCCAACUCAAAUGUGACCAACAGCAACAAAGUAGUGAGUAUUGAAUGGUAUUUAUGUACCAAGUGACAGGAAAUAACUUAAAGUAAUGUGUGUGGUUUUAAAAACAAACAAACAAAAAAGCCUGUAAUAUUAGAGAUAAGUUUGGAAAGCAUACUACACUUAAAAUAAACUGAAUUUCAUACCACCUAGGUUGGCAGUACUUGGUUUUGUGCUGCUUUGGAACACACUGAUAUUUUAAGGAUUUUCCUUCUUGACCCUUUGCAUCCUGUAGAUCAGGGUGUAAAUAAACAAAAAACAAGAAAUAAUUUCACUUGCUCGGAUAACUUGAACGUAGAACAGCAGCUUAAAAUGUUCUAAGCAAACUCCUGAAUAAGAAGUUGGAAGAUAUGUAUUCAAAACAAAAAAUCUAAUGCAGGUUUAUGUAUUUCUGUUCACCAACUUUCUUCAAGAUGGUCUGUUUUCUUAACUAUUACAUUAGAGAGAGAAUACUGGGAAAAUGGGAUACAAUGAAUUUAAGGAACUCUGGGCCGCUCUCAGUGCUUGGAAACAAAAUUUCAUGAUGAUAGAUCAAGACCGAAGCGGAACUGUGGAACUUCAUGAAUUGACUCAAGUCAUUGUAGCUAUGGGUAUGAUACGUUGGCUAGACAUGUGUUUUCAAGUGACUAAUUAUUUCCCUGUAAAAGUAGAAUGGGUUGCUAGGAAGAGUAUUUAAAAAUGAUAUAUUCAGGACGUUAUACAGUAUUUUAGUGAUUGGCUCUAGAUAAAUCUUGGUCAUAACUUGCUCAGUCUAUGGGUAGAAGAGCAAGAGUAUUAAAGGAUGUAUGUGAACAGGAGUCUGACAUUUGAAAGGAUGAAGUUGAAUCAUGUAUUGCUGCUUUCUUCUCAAAGCAUCUUCAUACAAAACAACCAUAGGUCUGAAUUGUCCAGGAUUUUGAAAAUCUUCAUUGAUUGCUUACAGGGUACACAAAUAAUGCAGGAUUGAAUUGCUCAGGCAUACAUGACAGAAGGUGGUAGUUCCAGUGUGAGCACAGUAGAAAAAGCUGCUGGCUUUCCUAUUAGAGAACAGGGAGAUUGAUUGGGAGGACAUCUUUGAAGUCCUCUUAGUUUCUAGUAAUCCAUUCUGAUCAAUGUGCCUGAGAACUCAGGGUUUGGGACCAGCAUUACAGCUAUAGAUGUGAUUCUGGAAGCCCAUGUCUUUGCAAAAUGGGGUGGGUGGUGGUCUAGAAUCAGCCAGGUGCUUAUUGCUUCUCUUCCUUGCCCAUUGCUUCCUCUACAGUCCCCUUCUCACAGUUUGGGCUCUAAAUCCAUAUUUACACAUUGCAGGAAAAGCAUUUUGGGAGGAAGGUUAAGCAAUUCUCUUUCACUUGCCCAUCUCUGCUCCUGACAUCCAUAUCCAGGUCCCUAGUGAAUGUGUGAGACAGUCCUUAGAGCAAUGGACCUGCCUUCCUUCCCUUAGUCUGGGAAGGAAGGAAUAUAUCAUAGUAUUAUAUUACUAUAUAUAGUAAUAUAUAUAUAUAUAUAUAUAUAUAUAUAUAUAUAUAUAUAUACACACUAUAUACUAUAUAUAGUAUAUAAAUUUCCCACUGUACCUAGAAGGGAAAGAUGCAGCUCCCUCACUCAACACCUGCUUUAUUCUUGGAGUGCAUGUAUUGUGUUCCCCUCUUGAGUUUUAGUUCAAAGAGGGCUGUGAAUGCUAGGAGCUGUUUAAAAAUAUUAAGCUAACAAAAACGCUUGUUUAAGCCUUUUGCUCUGAAGUUGACAUGUUUUUCUCCUUGACCUCGUCUAGGUUAUAGGCUAAGCCCACAGACAUUAAUUGCUAUUGUAAAACGUUACAGCAAGAAUGGCAGAAUCUUUUUUGAUGACUAUGUGGCUUGCUGCGUGAAGCUUCGGGCUUUGACGGGUAAGGUGUUUUAUAGUUAUUUUUGUAACAAUUCUGUAUCUGAUGCCAGUUGAUGACUAUUUUUGUUACAUUUGUAACUGUAAUUUUUUCUAUGUUGUCAGCUGCCUUGAGCACGGUUUGAACUGUGGAAAGGUGGCAUACAAAUAAAAUGAUGCAUGUCUCUAAGUAAUGCAGCAUUAGAAUCUGAAGUGAGAUUAAAUUUAAGGGGUGAAAUCCCAUGAUGUGCAAGUGGGCUUCCACUCACUUCCCAUUUCUCUUUCUCCUGCACACCCCAAAAUCUGCUCUGUAGGGUUGACAAUCCUCCAGAACAGAUUUUGAGGGUGUGCAAGCAAGAGGAGAGGGAGGUGUCAUAUUGGAAGUCCCAAUAUGCAAGCAGAAGUCUAUUCGCUCUUUCGUAGGCAGUAUCUGAUGCAACCCAAGGACUCUGUGCACUCUUACUUUUUUCAGCUUAAAAAUCAGGUCAUUGUGAAAUACAAAAUGCAGUAAAUGUGACAAAAUACUCAGCAGCUGGGUCUGGGAGCAUGAUAUUCAGGUAGCUGCAAAGCACGGCAUAAACUUGAAACAUCUGGGGCCAAUUUUUGUGCCUUGUAUAAUCUCGUUGACUUGAUUAGGACUGAACAUUACUGAGAGAAUUGUCUGAUUUCUUUGUCAGUGGAAUUUAUUGUAACUAAAUUGAGAAGGUUGCUUUUGGAGGAUAUAAUCUUGUGUUUGGUAUAAUAUUUUAGCCCAGUUCCAGUCAGUGAGACUUGAGCAUGCAAACAAGUUUCAGAAUGUGCAUCAGAAUGUUUACAAUAAAAAUGUUACUUUCUUUUAACAGAUUUCUUUAGGAGAAGAGACAGCAUGCAACAGGGCAUUGUGAAUCUUGUAUACGAUGAUGUAAGUAACAUAAUGAAUAACUGGUUGUUCAAAUUAUAACUUUCAUUAUGUACCUGCAAUAUUUUCAGAUUUUUUUUCUGGAGAAAGAAUUCUCUCAAAGUAGUGAUUGUUCUUGGGAAAUAAUCUCAGAAUAGUGUUGAACUUCUUUCAGAAUCUCAUCUGUGGCGUCCUGUGCAUUAAACAAGUUUUUGGACUGUGUUUUUCUCCCAACACCCUUAGUUCAGUUGAACUGUCAUGCUUGAAAUCUUGAUUAGCCAGUUUGGUUAUACUGUACUCCGGGAUGUUCAGCCUUUGGAAACUAUUUGUAUGAAUGCUAAUAGUACAGCAGGAGUUCCAAUAAAUUUUGCAUUGGAAAAUCUGCAAAAACAAUGCAGUUCUAAUAACGCAUCUUAAAUAGUAACUGCAAAUGUUGUUAUGGGCCUUAUUUUGACUGCGGUUAGGUAUUGGAUCAUAGAGUUGGAAGGGAUCACAAGGGUCAUCUAGUCCAACCAAUGCAGGAAUCUUUCACCUAGCCUGGGGCUCGAAUCCACAGCUCUAGGAUUAAGACCAUCUCUGUUUUCUAAGUAGAGAGAUGAAUGAGUCUCUUGGCCAUGCAUGUUGCUUUUUUGCUCCUUCCAUUUUGUGAGUGAAAUAUUCUGUGAACUAUUUAAAUAUUCCAAAACUCUAUUUUGUCUGAACCAGGAAACUCUGAGUAACUGCUUUGGAAUAAGUCAGGAUAUGAAGCCACGGUUCAUAGGAAAUUAGUUGAAGAGUUCCUGUUUUAUUCCUUCUUUGAAGGAGUAUGGUCAUCUGAACCAGCCCACUCUGUUAGAAUAGUCUUGACUAAUGUGUUACUAGGCAGGUGUGUGCACACGUUGUAUUCAAAACACUGGUCCUUUGUGCAUUAAAUACUGUUUCUCAGAUUUGGGAUGUUUAUGGCAUGUCCUUCAGCUGGGAAAACAUAAGUGUUUGGGGCAGGCAACUUAUUCACAGUUCUUUAAUUAUUUUUCUGGACUAUUACUACUAUCAUGAAAAGCAGAUGGAAGAAUAGAUCAAAUAGAUUUUCUUGAAUUGCAUAUUCAGUUCUCUCAAUUUCCAUCUCAACAGUAGCAGAACUCGCUGUAAUUGCCAAACCCUACCACUAUGUGUAGCUUUCAGCCUGCAAAGAUACAAAUAUACAGGGAACAGACUGCCAAGGCAUCUAAAACUAAGCAGAUGCAUGUUUUAGGGCAGAUGAUUUUCAUUAUCAAAUUUUGCGUCUCUUGUUGCAUUCGUACUCUUUGUUCAAGUAAUGAGGAGCCACAUUGGGUGUUACUGAAUACUGAAAGUACUGUGUAGGAUGGUGAUAAUCUGUGUGUUUUGGGGUUUGGUGGUUUUUGCUGUUGCUGGCAUACAGUAAAAAAACUUGACUCUGUUUUGAUAAUAAAGUAUAUCUAACUUCAGUUAUGAUUCGUUGGUAAAUAAUUUUAUUUGACUGGCACAUUUUUACCUUUUUAUAUUUGCUUGAAUCCACUGUUGAACUUCUGUCAGCAGCAAACUCAUUUUUUCCCCACACAAUGGCUUUUGAGGCUACUGUUCUUGAAAGUAGGAAAACAGUUUGUUUCUGAAACCCUCUGUUCAGGGGUUCCCUGCACUGAUUGCCAACAAUACCAGCCCUCCUGUGCAGAUUUUCAGGAGGCACAAUGGACUUAUAGGGUGAAGCUUCCUCCUCCUCCCUUCCUUCAAGAAAAACAUUUUGUGAGCAGAAUUCUGCUCUGAUUUUGACAAUUGGCCCCAAUAUAUUUUACUUCUUGACCUGCGUAUAGUGAACAAAUCCCAAACUGCACUCUGCUCAUUCUUUGUCUAGUUAAAAAAUCCAUUUCUUUAAAUUGGCAGUUAAUAUUACAAUUGCUUUUGUUUUUCAGUUCUUGCAGUGCACCAUGGCUAUCUGAGUGCCAACUGUGGAAGAAAAUUCCAUGUAUAAUUUCAACUACUUUGAGAAAACUAACUGAAAAUGCUGUGAAAAUGAAGCUGCCAUUGAUUUUUCCACAUUUCUGCCUGCUAAUGCAUCAUUUCUGUAUAAAUAUAUUUGACUUUUAGUGUGUAGUUUGACAAUAAACAAAUGUUCACAUUUUACAGUAAUUCUUAGAAGUGUGCCAUUCUUUAUGCAUAUGGAUGGUAGACUUUUUAUAUUUUGGGAUUAUGCUCUCAGGAUUGAUAAGAGGAAACAAUCACAUUUCAUGUAAUGGUUAUAAACAGGGUUUAGUUUAUCUUAAAGUGCACUCCCCCCAAUACCUGCUGGCUUAAAUUGCAAUAAAGAUUAGCUGUAAUUGGCAUUCUAGUGUUCUACAACCUCAGUUGUUUCAUGUGCUGCACGCCUAUGAAAUAAUAAAUGCCUGGAAUAAAAAAGAAUUAGUAUUUGUCACAAGUACAAACUUAAAACAUAUUUCUUCUUCGGGAUGUUCAGUAGAUUUAUUUGACUGUAGACUAGUAUAACAUGUUCAUAGUGAAGAUUAUAUUUAAUGGUAGUUGAAAACUUUUUGUUUAACUAUUUUUAUCCUCUUGAAGAUGUAAUCCUCAGAAGAAUUCGUGUGCCUCUCCAGAGCACCCAUUUUUUCCUUUAAAUGUUUGAGGCUUCUUUCUUAGAUGUGUGAAAGAAAAAGUCCUAAUUGACCCUUUCUUGUUCUCAGCUAAAAUCACCAUAUUAUUUGAACAAACUUGUGAACAAAUGCCUGAGCAGAUUGAUUACAGAAUCCAGCUCUGUGCAUCAUAUACAGUGCAUUGUAGUUACUACCAGAAACAAGGGCAAUGUUGACUGACUGGGAAGCUGUUGGUAUGAAGUAGCUCCUUGCAUGGUUGUGAUAGUUUCAGCCAGGCCAGCUUAUUGAUGCCAUUUUCUUUUUCUAGUAGCUACUAUUCUGCAAGUUUAACGUGUAAAUGGAUGCAUACUGGUGCUUUUUCUUUUACUAUUCAAGCCAAAUCUUGCAUCUGUUCAUUAUUUGUGAGCGUAGUGAAACUUCAAGUUAGGAUAGCAACACUUUCCAGGCUUUGAUCAAUGGGCUUGAUAAUGUUUGGGUCUACAAGAUAUGUUGAGAUGAAUCUGCAGCCCAACCUUGUGAGCCGCUAUGCAGGUGCUGCUGCCCCAGGUAGUAGGUGGGAGGAAGACAAGGUUAGGAUAGGGCUUUGUGCAGUUGCAGCAGCUGGCAUCAACAGAUGUACAACAAUAUAUUGUUUCCUCUGUGCUUCAAAGAGCACCAAACAAGCUCUGAUGAAGAGGGCAGAAUUGGACAGCCCUCUGUAUUGUUAGGCCCCACUGGAAACAGCCAGAGGGUCUAUUCAGUGGUGCAGCCUUGUUGCCAUUUCUUGACAUGUUUGAUGGCAUGAUGAAAGCUGCAUGUUCAGACCAAUUUGCUCAGCCAAGGAUACAUUACUUAGCUGCCAAGGCACAAAUCCAGGUUGAUUCUGCCACUGCUAAACAUUUUAAGGGUCAGUUUGCCUAUUGUGAUUUUAAAAAAUUCUUGUACUGAGAAAGAUUGUUUUUAGAAUGGAAUCAGUAAUGUAUGGAUUUAACACUUCAGUUGUUUAUGUCUUGCAGCAUCUACCCAUAGAAUCUCACUAGUAUAAUGGACUCUUUUCUAAAAGGAUCUUGCGUUAUCAUCCAGUCCCUGUAACUCGUAUUGGCAGUUUAAAAUCAAAGUUCUGAAAUCAUUGACACUCUUCGUAUGCAUAUUUUGCUGUUCACAAUUGUCGAGUAAUAGUUGUAGAUUAUUUGCAAUCUGCUACGUAGCGAUUUUCGUACAUUCUGAAAUAACUGGAUACUGUUCUAACUGUACAAAUGUAGUAACUAUUUUCAGUGCCAUUCCAGGCAAUUGUUUGGAAAUAAACUUGGAACUCGCUUUAUAUUCUUUCAUACCAAGACGGUGUAACUCUGAGAUGAUACAGUUCUUGAGCACUACAGUAAUGUUGCAGGAUAUGCUAGAUCUUUAAUUAUUAUUAUUAUUAAUUAAACUUGGAUUUCGUUGAAAGCAUUAGCACAGCAUGGUAGGUGACAGUUGUAGGUGGGAGAAGAUAACUUUGUGAAGAUUCUUAACUUUGAAGUGUGCGAGACCAGCUAUACAAUUUCAAAGAAAAAGUUGUAGUACAACUCCUUUAAAUCUCUCUUGCUACAUACACAGGUGGAGUUCAUGCAUGUUUCCAGUCUUUCAAAAAUGAGUGUUUGCUAGAAGGAUAGCAUUAUCCCAGGAAUAUCCCAACUCCCACCAGCCCCAGCCAGUAUGGGCAAUGAUCAUGAAAACUGGUAUCAAAUAACAGCUGACAGGAUACAGAUUCCACAUCCCUGUGUUACACACUUCUCACAGUGCUAUUUUUCUCUACACACAAAAUUUUCUACUUCCUUGAUCAUGCAAAUAUGUGAGGCUGCCUCAGUGAUUAAGAGGAAUCUAUCUGAGAUUAAAUACACUGCAUAUUGCCAGUUCUAUGAGGGAUGACUUGGGAAGAUCAGUCUGUACUCUUUGCAUGUCAUAACUGAUGUAACAAAAAAUAAUUAGAUGCAGCAACUGCUGCCGAGUGUCCCAAAAUAAUGUAGGAUCACAAAUGAAUAACCACCCAUUGUGCAUACCGCUGAAAAAAGAUCUAAAGGUAUAGUUGGAUGAUACACAUAAAAGCAAACUCUUUGCAAGCCUGCACAUCUUCAUUAUCCUGGAGUCUGUCUUAAUGGCGGGAGGUAGUUGGACCUGAAACACAUAGCUGGAAGAUUGGGGAGGCUAGCUAGUGGUGUCCAAUUUAAUUUCUACAAAUGAACCCAUAGAAAGAAGUCUUGAGACCUGGUUGAGAUGUCUGAAAAUUACUGAAGCCCAAGGGUUGAUGCAAGUCAGUGAGGCGACACUGUUCAGACUCUGACUGUGAGGCUCACUGGUCCUCCACUCACCAUUUAAGUAAUAACUGGCAUAAGUGAGGCUGAACCCCUCCACUGAAGGCAAGUGAGAUACCCUCUCCCCAGAGGUGGCUAGUGUCCAUUGGGGCUAGUGAGGCAGAAGGCGGGAAGACCAACAGUAGGUGCAGCCAGAAUCAAAGGCAGGUGGGAGAAAAACUAGAAAUGAGAUUAAAAGGAGGGCAUGGACAUCAGUGUUGCCUCCUGGAGUGGUUGCAAGAAGGCAGGGAAAUUGGGAUUGGCUGAGCGUAGAUUGAGUUUGCAGUGCUACAGGACUUCCGGGGUGGCGCCAUCGGCAAUGGCGGACUCCCUCUGAACCGGAGGGACUAGCUCCGCGGGAAACGGGUCUUCUCCGCUACGGCGAAGCGGGGACCCUUUCAAAAAUCACAGGCGGAUGAAGCCUGUGACGAUGGGACUCGGCAGGCACCUUUAGCGCCCCCCCAACUCGCUAAGGAACCCACUAACGGGCUCCGAAGUGAAGAGGGGGAAGUGGCGCGGUGCUGUGAGUCAACUGCUAUUUCCGUGGAGCGAAGCCGCAUAGCCGUUGCCGGAGAGCGCUGCCUUUAUCCUGGGACAAUUUGGACUCUAAAAUAAGCACCCGUGAGUACUUAGACUUUGAACAACUGGACAUUAGAUGGGGACUUGCGAGCAGAAAGGAAUUGGAUCUUAAAAAUCUAUUUCAAUUUGGUACGGAACGGGAAGGUCUAAACAGGAAGUCAGCCUUCCGUUCUUCUGUAGACAGAAUAAAGCAAAGACAACGUAAACUAGAGCUCAGAAAAUCGCUUUUAAAGGAUUGGAUUUCAUCAUUUAAAAUUGUGGAACCCCCCUUCGACAGCAGGAGAAGAAGGGGGAUCCUUUUUGGACUGUUUAAAGUGAGUUUAAAGUAAAGUAACUUUCCUCCGUCCUGAUCCUGGAGCGGGGUGUCAGGACUGACGUUUGAAGUUCAUUGACCAGAGACAAACGUUUUUGACAGAUAGCUAAAAGAAGAGAAACAUAGUGUAUCCACUGUUUCCCUUCGCAUUUCAAAGGAACAAAUAUUGACAAAGUAUCUCAAAAAGGGAAACUUUGUUGCAAGAUCAAAUAGAAGUUUUUCCCCUAGAGGGAGACUGUGAAACUGUAACCAGCUCCAGGGAGCCGGCAGCUGUUUACAGAUUACAAUCGUGGGAAUAGGCAUUUGACCUUGCAGGACAAUGUAUUCAGAAGCUUUGUUGUGUGUUUUCUACAAAACAAAUGCCCUACUGGAACAGUUACAUGAGAAGGUGAAUUUGAUGACGACUUCGACUAGAAAUUUUGAACAGGCAGUGGGAAAUUUUGAACAGACAGUGGGAAAAUAUGUGGAGCCCACCCAGGAAUUAAAUCAGGAGUGUGUCCUGACAGAACAGGCCCAACAGGAAUAUGAGUUUUCGGAUUUGACAAAUGAACUUGGAAAAAGCCAGAUUUGGAAAGAAAAAGUUUGGUUUGGCUUUGAAAUGGGGGGCUAGAUUGACCCCCCAUGCUGGGAUGUUUGGACUUUUCAAAUCUGGCAAUGGGCUGUGAGAUGUUUGGGAUGGUGGGGGCUCUUAAUUUUGGAGGGUGCUUUUAAAUACCAUAUGGAAUUCAGUGUUGAAUAUGGAAAAGGGGCUGAUCUGUCGAGAAGGGUUAAAAAUAUUGCCAAGCUGGAGUUACCACGAGCAGGAGACAAGGGAAAAUACAGUUACAAAUAUGAAGAAGAGCUGCGAAAGGGACAUGGAAGAGACUUGAGGGCCUUGGAUAUAAGGUUGCCAGGUUAAUGGGCCAGAUCGAUGGGAUAAUAAGGACUGACAAAACCCGGAACCAGGAGGAAGGAACGUUGGAUGAAGAUUGGAUCUGUUUGUAUUUCUUUUUUCUACCAUUAGAACUGUUUUAUAAAAUUGAUGAAUGUCAGAAAAAUGUUGGAAUGAAAUUACUCGGCUUUAGUAAAGAUGUUUAAAGAAUUAUGAAAGAAUAUUAUGGUUAUGAGAAGUUGGUAAGGAUAAGAUUUAAGUUUUAAGCUUUAAGGUUUAUUUUCUUAUAGAAAGAUAAGAUUAAAACUGUUUAGGGUAAUGUAAUGACAGAAUAUUAUGAAAUAUGGAAAGGAUUUGCUGGGAUAAUUAAUAACUAGGAUACAAAGAAAGGGAGGAGGAGGAGGAGGUCAAAGAAAGAAGGUAAUGACAGUUGAGGAUUCGAGAAUAAUGAAUUUGUUUUUAAAUGUUCUUAAAUUGUAUUUUUGUUUUUUUUGUGUGUGUCUUUUUUUCUUAUUUUUGAAUUUGUAUUCGUAUGGUCGGAAGGGUUUUUUUUUUCUUUUUCUACUUUGUUAACUAUUUUUAUUUUGUAUUUUCUUCUGCUUUUAUUUUAUGUUGUAACACUUUGAAAAUUUCAAUAAAUAUUUUAU